UUUCAUCAGUGGUACCCAUAGAUUUCGAUAAAUUCAGUGAUUUCAGGGUGUUUAAAAAGAUAUAAUUGUUCAUUUAUUAUCAGUGUUUAUUGUUAGAUUUCCAGUUCUAAGUAUUUUCAUAGUUGAAUUCCCAUUAAUAUUAUAUUGUUCUUGUUUUUUUCCUUCUUCUGGAAUAACUGUAGAUAAGUAUUAUCAUUUUAGUCGUUUUCAUUUCAUUGCAUAAUCACGGUUGAUAUUUCUUUGUUAAUUUUGUCCUCUUGCUGAUUUUUAGAAGUUAUUACCAUUUUUCAGGUACCUAUAGUUCUAAUUUUUAAUAAGUUCUCCUCCUUAAAAUGCCAUCUCAAAUGAAAAUUUGUUUUCUUUGUAAAACUAAAGAAUCUAAUAUAUCUUAUCACAGAUUUCCCAAAGAUGCUGCUAUCAGAUCAGAAUUGGUAAAGUUCUGUAAUCUGAAUAAGAAAAUUGAUGUACAUCUUUCCUCAUUACUAUUGUGUUCAGAACAUUUCUCUGUGCAAGAUUUUUCCCAUGGAAUGAGGAAUACAUGUGAAGCAGGAGUUCGAAGAAGGUUAAAUAAAACAGCUAUUCCUACUCUCAACAAAAUAUCAUCUGGGCUGUUUCCAUGUUAUGUCAAUGAUGAUGUUUCUAAUUCCUCAAAUUCUUGUGCAGGACCAAGAGAAAAUCUCAAAAGAAGACAUGAUGAAAUGUUGAAUGACUCUCAAUGUUCGAGUGGUAAGUAUGAUUUAGAAUGCCAACUUGUGCAGAAUGCAUUCCACAAAACAAGGUGGAUAAAAUGCACUAGAAAUAUAAUACUAAAUAGGAAUGGUGCUAUAACUUUUAUUUGCUCCUGAAAUCAUCAUCUGAA